AUGGCAGGAAGCUCGUCCUCUAAUAACAUUCUCUUUGUCGAUGAUUUCUACUUCUCAGCUCUCUGUGACGAUGAAGAAUUAUUUCCAAUCUCUGAUGAAAAAUACGCGCAAGAGUUACAGUUCCAAGAGGCUCUCAUGUCCUCAGUAUUAUAUUCAACAACCAAUAGCGAGUCAUCAGGAGUGGAGCAGGAAGAGAAUCCCUCUCCCACGAAUAAAUUUAAAGCCAAGGAAAAAGAAACCGGUCAAUCUUCUCAAAGCUUCUGCACCAUUUGCAUGGACGGGAAACAGACCGAAGAAAUGUUCAGAAACAGCAACUGCAGUCACUCGUUCUGUGCCGACUGCAUUGGCUCAUAUGUUGCAGUAAAGAUACAGGAAAGUAUAUCAAUGGUGAAGUGCCCUGAUCCGAAAUGCAAAGGUCUCUUGGAGCUCCAUUCUUGCCGUUCCAUUAUUCCGAAAGAAGUGCUUGAUCGAUGGGAAGAUGCCCUUUGUGAGUCCUUAGUUCUUGGGUCGCAGAAAUUUUACUGCCCCUUCAAGGACUGUUCGGCAAUGUUAGUCGAUGAUGGAGAAGAUCAGGCAGUUUCUUCCUCGGAGUGUCCCAAUUGUCAUAGACUGUUCUGUGCACAGUGCAAGGUACCAUGGCAUGCAGGAAUUGAAUGUGUGGAAUUUCAGAAACUAAGUAAAGACGAAAGGGAGAGGGAAGAUAUAAUGGUGAUGGAGCUUGCUAAGAAAAAGAAUUGGAAAAGAUGUCCCCGUUGCAAAUUCUACGUUGAAAAGGUGAAGGGCUGCUUGCACAUUGCAUGCAGGUGUGGUUUUCACUUUUGCUAUGGCUGCGGAUCCUUAUGGAGUGAAGUGCACUUAUGCUUACAAAUUUAA